CCGUUUCCUCCGAACUCGAAGGCUUGGCCCCGCCUCUCUAGCCCGAAACCCCGCCCCCUCACGUACUGGCAGCUCUUUGCCCUGGGGCCUCCCUGAAAGAACGCGGCUGGCAUCCUGGCGUGCACUGGUGUUCUGGGUUCUUUUCCUACGGUGCUGCAUCCUGUACUUCAGCCGCUCUCCGGGCCUGCACCGCGCAGCUCUGCCGGCACCAUCUGAAACAGGCCGUGCGGGGGCGUGCUGAUCUGGGGAGGCGUGGCCCGAGCAGAGGCGAUCGCGAAAGAGGGCUUCUCCGCAGCCUCCUGGCCCGCUGACGGUUCAGACCAUGACACCCGAAGAAUGGACAUAUCUAAUGGUCCUUCUUAUCUCCAUCCCUAUCGGCUUCCUCUUUAAGAAAGCUGGACCUGGGCUGAAGAGAUGGGGGGCAGCAGCUGUGGGCCUGGGGCUCACCUUAUUCACCUGUGGCCCCCACACUUUGCAUUCUCUGAUCACCAUCUUGGGAACGUGGGCCCUCAUUCAGGCCCAGCCCUGCUCCUGUCAUGCCCUGGCUCUCGCCUGGACCUUCUCCUAUCUCCUCUUCUUCCGAGCCCUCAGCCUGCUGGGCCUGCCCACCCCCACGCCCUUCACCAAUGCUGUCCAGCUGCUGUUGACACUGAAGGUGAGACUUGGGAAACACUUCUGUCUUUUUUUUUCUACCUGGGAGCCAGGUAUCGUCUUGUUCUCUCCUCCCAGACUUUCUCAUAGUGGGGAACGGGCUAUGGAUUUUUUUUUUAUUUUUCUGAAGAGGGUGAAAAGAGAUUGGUCCUCAGUUCCUAGCCCAGACCACAACAAUGUACAUUAUCGCCUGGUGUAUGCAAGGCAUUGGGUUCAAUCCCCAGUAACAAACAAAACCCUCAAAGCCUCCUUGACUUUCCAGCAUUCAAGAAGGAUGGGUGGUCCUGAACUCCUCAGUCUGAGGGAGGAAGGCAUAAGACAGUGGGGACUGAAGCCUGGACUUCUGUGUCCUGACUCAAUCUCUUUCUCCAGGAGUGCCUGGACCAUGCUGCUGAGCGCCUAUUGGCAUGGCCUCCACCCUGGCUACUACCUAAGUUUCAUGACCAUCCCGCUGUGCCUGGCCGCUGAGGGCUAUUUGGAGUCAGCCUUGCGGAGUCAUCUAAGCCCCAGGGGCCAGCAAGCCUGGGACUGGGUCCACUGGUUCCUGAAGAUGCGUGCCUACGACUACAUGUGCAUGGGCUUCGUGCUCCUUUCCAUGGGUGACACACUCCGGUACUGGGCCUCCAUCUACUUCUGGAUCCACUUCCUAGCCCUGGCCUGCCUGGGGCUGGGGCUAGUUUUGGGUGGGGGCAGCCCCACCAAGAGGAAGGCAGCCUCCCCGGCCACCACCAGCCAAGCCAGGGAAAAGCUCCGGGAAGAGUGAGCUGUGCUGUGCUGUGCUGUGCUGUGCUGGCCUGCCAGCCAGCUCAAGCUUUGCUUGGGGAUUCCGUGAACCGGGCUAUAUUCUCCUUUACCCAGCAAGAAUCCUUUGUUUGAUUCCGAGCCUGGAGAGGAUUCCUUCUUCCCAGCUAAUCCCCUGCCUCUGACGUAAACAAAGCUAGGGGUACCCUUCUCCUGGGUACUCACCGCAUCCUGACUUUUCCAAACCUCCCUCUGCUGACAUCAGGGUAUUACUGUCCACUCCUGUCCCUGUCUCUGCAACAAUCUUCAGGUAUUCAAAAUGCCACACUCCCCAAAAUGCAAGGGCACGGACCAGUGGUCAUGUGUCAUCUUGGACAAAGUCCCUGUGGGUCCCCAGUAUUGGGACAGGAGCUUCAGGGCCAGGUUUUGGGAAAGAGGAGGAACAUCCUUCCUGUUUUCUUGGUUUUUAUCGUCAGACCAGUAUUUCAGAGACCAUGACCUUACAGAUCCUGGAGGAGAAGCCGAGGUGCCAGUAAGCAGCCCCAGGGGGACACGCUCUUACAGUAGCCCCUGUCUGAGCUUCUUUUGGGCCCCCAAACAACCUGCCACCCAGUGUCAACCUUGGCCUGGGACAGGUCAGAAUGUAUAAAUCUCUCCCAAUAAAGUGUUACACAUGCA